ACAGAGAGAGAGAGAGAGAGAGAGAGAGAGAGAGCAAGCUGGACGCGGACGACCUGGAGGACGAGGCCGACACCAUGACGCAGCAGAGCGGCGCCGGCUCGCCCCAGCAGUUCUGCCUGCGCUGGAAUAAUUACCAGACCAACCUGACCAACGUGUUUGACCAGCUGCUCCAGAGCGAGAGCUUCGUCGACGUGACGCUCGCCUGCGACGGACACUCGGUCAAGGCCCACAAGAUGGUCCUCUCGGCCUGCAGCCCCUACUUCCAAACCCUCUUCUUCGACAACCCUUGCCAACACCCGAUCGUCAUCAUGAAGGACAUAAAGUGGCCGGAGCUCAAGGCCGCGGUCGAGUUCAUGUACAAGGGCGAGAUAAACGUAUCGCAGGAACAGAUCGGACCGCUCCUCAAGGUCGCGGAGAGCCUCAAAAUCCGCGGGCUCGCCGACGUGAAUAGCGAGCACGAGCUGACCUCGCGGCCGAGCCUCGAGGAUUCGCUCAAUCUCGCGGGUGACCUUCAGCGUAAGAAGCGGCGCCUGGCUUCGGCCGAGCGCUCGCCGACCGCGAGCCACGGCAGUCCGGAGCGUAUCGCCUCGGACGAGCACGACUCGGCGAGCACCGGCCAGGAGAGCCACGGCCUCGGCUCCUCCUCGACGCCGCGCUCCCUCGGCUCGCCCAGUGUGCCCAGCAUCAGCGUCACGCCCCAGAUAAACCUGCAGGAGCUGCCCGUGAGCCUGCCCCUACCGCCACCGCCGCCCCUGCCCCCGCCACCAAGCGGACAGAGCGGGGCGCAUCCCUCGCUCGUCGGGCACCACGUGUCCGCGGGCCACGUGAGCGCCGGCCCGCACGCGGCCGUCAACCACCUGGGCGGCCACGCGCAGCAGCAGCAGCAACAGCAACAGCAACAGCAACAGCAACAACAGCAGCAACAGCAGCAGCAGCACCUGCAAGCCGGACAGCCCCCUUUGGGGGAGGACCCGGACUUGAAGCCCGGCAUCGCCGAGCUCAUUCGCGAGGAGGAAAGGGCCAAGUUGUUGGAAUCAUCCCACGCUUGGCUCGGAGCCUCCACCUCCAGUAUAGCAGCAGACAGUUAUCAGUAUCAAUUGCAGUCGAUGUGGCAAAAGUGCUGGAACACCAAUCAGAGUCUCGUGCACAAUCUGCGCUUUCGAGAACGCGGACCUUUGAAGUCUUGGCGGCCGGAAACGAUGGCGGAAGCGAUCUUUAGUGUACUAAAGGAAGGUCUCUCGUUGAGCCAGGCUGCCAGAAAAUACGAUAUUCCAUACCCGACGUUCGUACUUUACGCGAACCGAGUCCAUAAUAUGCUCGGACCGAGCGCCGACGGUGGAGCCGAUUUACGGCCGAAGGGCCGGGGGAGGCCCCAAAGGAUCCUGCUCGGCGUCUGGCCUGACGAGCACAUUCGCGGCGUGAUCCGGGCGGUGGUCUUCCGUGACGGACAUUCGCCCCACAUCGUCAAGGAGGAGCCCACCACCAUGUACCCCGCCCUGGCGAAUUACGGCGCCUGCAACGGACCCGAGGGAGCAGUCAGCCCCAGCGCAGCUGCGGCCGCAGUCGCUGCCGUCGCUCAAGGUCUGCGACACCAAAUGUGCAGUAUGGUCGCCGCGGCUCACUCCCAGCAACACGACAUGUUGGCGACGAACCUCUCGACGAGCCUCUCGUCCAACCUCUCCUCGAACCUCCAGGCAGCAAUGCAACAGGCGAGCCAACAGCAGCAACAGCAGCAGCAACAUCACCAGCAGCAUCAACAGCACCAGCAGCAGCAGCAGCAGCAGCAACAACAACAGCAUCACCACCAUCACCAUCACCACCACAAUAAUAACGGGGCCGGGAUGAUGGGUCCGGGUGCGGGAACGCCCGGGCUCGGGGGCGGGAGCGGCGGGGGCGGCAGCAGCAACCACGGCAACUCGCCGCUGAACCUCGGGCUCGCGAGCCCCGGCUCCGGUGGCCCCCCCGAGAGCCCGAUGGAGUCGCCCCUGGCGAGUCCCCUCGGCGCCCUCAUUGACCCCUCGCACUUGUCCUCGAGCGUCGAGGUCGGAAUCGGCGUCAGCGGCAUGACUUAUAAGCCCGCGCGCAGCUUCGUCAGCCCCCGGCCCCAGAUCGUCAAGAGCUCGCACGCGGCUCUCAAGGAGAAGGAGAAGAUCGCCGUCAAACUCGAGCCCCUGACGGACUCGCGGUGCGAAUAGUAGGGCCGGUACGGGGGCCGAGUCGCGGACCCUCUUCCAGGCCCAACGGCCGACGCCGCGAUUAUGUUACCCCCCGACGGACUCGACUACAGGAGGCUGAGCCAAGCGAUGCCCGAGCGCCUCUUCAACAUAUAAGCCUCGCCGUGACGAGGAGCGCGCACACGCGAACGCGCACACCCAGCCAGACAGACACCUACGCACGCGUGCAAGCAAGCAGACGCGUAGUCAUGUAGGCAGACA